AUGUACUUUAGUAACAUGCAAGGAGAGCUACGUGGUCUUAAAACUUUGAUUCUGAAUGAAACUCCAUCGGCGUAUUGCAUUCAUUGUUUUGCUCACCAAUUGCAGUUAACACUUGUGGCUCUUGCAAAGAAGCAUUCAGAUGUAGAUGACUUUUUCUGUGAAGUGCAUACUGGACGAGGACUAAAUCAAGAACGUGGGCUUCAACGACCAGGUGAUACUCGUUGGGGUUCUCAUUAUAGAACGUUAGAUAACCUCAUUGUCCUAUUUUCAUCAAUUAUUCAUGUUCUUGAAUUUGUUGCUCGUGAGGGUCCAAAUUAUGCUGAUAGACUUGUUGCUGAAAGUCUUAUGACUAAGAUUAAGGAAUUUGAAUUUGUUUUUAUGUUGCACUUGAUGUGGAAAGUUCUAAUGAUGACAAAUGAUUUGAGCUCCUCAUUACAAAGGAUGGAUCAAGAUAUUGUCAAUGCUAUGAGACUCCUCACUCAUACAAAGCAAAGAUUACAAAGGAUGAGGAAUAGUGAAUUUCAAUCAUUAAUGGAUAAUGUCUCUUCAUUCUGUGAUAAACAUGAGAUAAUGAUCCCGAAGAUGGAUGCUCUCUAUUUUCCUGGGAAGUCAAAGCGUAGAUCUCUUGAUGUUACAUACUCUCAUCACUUGCACGUUGAGAUAUUUAAUGGUGUUAUUGAUUUGCAUCUUCAAGAGCUUAGAAGUCGUUUUGAUGCCGUGAGUACCGACUUACUUCUCGGUAUGGCUAGUUUAAAUCCACUUAAUUCAUUUGGUAAUUUUGAUAAGAACAGGAUAAUGAAGUUGGCUGAAUAUUAUCCGAAUGAGUUUGAUAGCAACAAGCUCCGGGAUCUUAGUUUCCAGCUUGAUAGUUUUAUAGUUUAUGCUCGUUGUCAUGACAAGAGGUUCUUCAACAUGAAGGGAAUUAGUGACCUUUCUAAAGUGUUGGUUAAGUCAGACCUGCAUCAAACUUGGCCACUGGUGUAUUUACUUAUCAAGUUGACUCUCAUUCUUCCUGUUGCUACCGCUUCUGUGGAACGUGCUUUCUCAUCCAUGAACUACAUAAAAAAUGAGCUUCGUAAUACCAUAGGUGCGGUGGUUGCAGAAGCGACGAAGUGGUCGCAGGAGCGAAAAUUGUGCUGGGUGAGGAAGACCGCAGAAGCGGAGAUUUGGGCGCAUAUGCGGAUGCGUAGCUGCGAAGUGAUGGAGCGCAGGAGUGAGGUGCGAGGGUCGAGUUCUCAGUUGAUUCCGCAGAAGCAGAGGUUAUAUCGCAGAAAAGACGCCGCAGAAGCGACUAAUGUGUCUGCAGAUGCGGAAAUCCCGGAUGCCGAUGUUGUUGCGUUUGAUGGUUGCUGGAUGAAGGUGUACCUGCGUUCCUGCUGUAGCUACCUCUUGUUCACGAGCCCCGAGGGCUCGGAUGAGUUUCGGACGCGUUUCGGAUUGAUUUGGCUAUGUCUUAGAGUUGCUGGUGUUGGGCAGUUGUUGCAGGUCUCGCAAAUGCGAGACACUGUUCGCAUUUGGGGACCUCGCGUUUGCAAGGUAGGAGUUGCAUUUGUGAGGUGGGCUAGGAGGCUAUCAGGGGCAGACUUCGCAAAUGCAGAGUCCUUAUCGCAUUUGCAACAUCCCAUGGUUCAGCAGGUAUCGCUUUUGCGAUGCAAUCUUCGCAUUUGCGGGGUUCGUAUUUGUGAACCCCAGGUCGCAUUUGCAACUUCUGCAGCUGAACAAAAGGGGUGA